UAAUCCAUCAGACAACGCCUUAUACAUCUCUACCACCUCGCCAUCUCACCAACCACAUUUCCUGUGCUAUUCACCUACAUAACCAUCCACAAUGGGCUUCUCAGACGGCGAUGCUAAGAAAGGAGCUGGCCUCUUCAAGACUCGUUGCGCACAAUGUCAUACCUUAGGGAAGGGCGAGGCCAACAAGAUUGGCCCUAACCUUCAUGGUCUGUUCGGCCGCAAGUCCGGCCAGGUCGAGGGCUUCUCCUACACCGAUGCCAACAAGGAGAAGGGUGUAGAGUGGCAGGAGGACACUCUGUUCGACUACCUUGAGAACCCCAAGAAAUACAUUCCUGGAACAAAGAUGGCAUUCGGUGGCCUGAAGAAGCCCAAGGAGCGAAAUGACCUGAUUACCUUCCUCCGCGAAUCGACCAAAUAAACGUUAUAAUGAGAUGCGUCGAUUCCUUUCUUCCGAGCAACCUCAUGUACCAACAUUCCUGAAAAGACGUACGAUAGGAGGCUUCCUGUCUAGAACCCGAAACGCUGAUUUUGUAUAUACUACUUUUGUUUGCAUUUAGACCGGGGUUAGGUGUGCUACUGAUGGGUGCACUUUGCCGUAAAUUCAGAUUCUCCACUUUCACGUCAAAUAGACGAUAGAGCUACAACCUAGUCUGUGUUCUGGUCGUUGACAUGGCCAUACGCAUCUGUAUUCGCAGCCAGCAUGGUCUCAGCAGCAGCAAUCAUUUCAUACCGGUACUAGUAUAGGGUUUCACUCCAAGACUUGUUGGAAAUCAAUGACACGUAUACGGCUCGCC